CAGCACUGAGGCUUUUUCUCUUCAUUUCAGAGAAAUUCUUGCUCUCUGAUAAACCCUCAGGACACAGUAUCUGUUGGGCAGAAAAUCUUCCAUGAAUAUAGCAUGGUGAGCAUGGUGAAGACAGGAAGAUGAUGAGAAAUUUCUGGCCAUUUUCAGGUUUCCAUCUUCCUGACAAUUUAUCGUGUGGGAGUCAGAUUAAGCCUUUCCUUUGACCCUUCUGACUUAAUUCGCAGCCUCAUAUAUCUGUCAAACAUAAUCCAGAAACAGAGCAGGCACAAAACACUGACCCUGGCCCAGCACCAUGUGCUACCACCUGUGGAGAUACCUGUUCAUGGCAUCCUUGGUCACCCUGGGAUUCUCCCUUCAAGACAAUACAGAGCAGCUUGCUGACCACAGUAUAUUAUUGGGAAAGGAUGACAUAGCUCUGCAGAUAGUUCAGGAUCAAACCAACUCUGAAGUCAAGAAACUUGCAGAAUACUUUGGAGAGAGGCAGAAAAUCUCUCCUCUACUCCAAUACACCACAUACACCCUCCUGGCUGGAGCCGCACCCCAGGAAAAGAAGCUGCUGACGGUGGGGAUUCCCUCAGUGCAGCGACCCCACGGCACCUACCUCCUGGCAACCCUGCGGUCCCUGUUCCAAGCUUCCUCAGCACACGACCUGGAGUGCAUGCUGGUGCUGGUCCACCUGUCAGACCCUGACCCUGCUUGGCUCAGACAGACAGUCACCAGUAUCUCAGAGGUCUUUGCGCCACAACUGGAGGCCCGCAAGUUGCUCGUGGUCCAUGGUCUCCUCGGUGGCUCCGCACUGAGGCAUGAGAACCAGUUCUCCACCUGCCAGUCACUUUAUUCCAGGCAGAAGGUAGAUUAUGCCCUCCUCAUGCACUUUGCCAGCAACCUUUCUGAGUACUUCCUGCUGAUGGAGGACAGAGUCCGGUGUGCCCCCAGAUUCAUGUCUGCCAUUUACUGGGCGGCGCUGGCCUGGAAGGACCUCCCUUGGGUGGUCCUAGAGUUCUCCAGCCUGAGAUUUUCUGGGCAAGUUUUCCACACACAUGACCUCACCCGCCUGGCUUCCUUCUUCCUCCUCUUCCCCGAGGACACUCCCACUCACCUGCUUCUCUCUGAACUCCCUCUUUUGUCUGAUCAAAAUGUACCGAUUCGUUUUGGUACCUCCAUGUUCUUCCACAUGGGCAAUUAUUCUGAGACUGAGGCUGCCUGCUUUCCUGCUGAGGAGGCUGAGUACUUUGGUGAGCCAGACAACCCUGCUGCUGUCGUCUUCACUGACAUGAUGUCCAAGAAAGACCUCCCACAGUACGCCUAUGUCCUGAGCGAGGACACCUUCUCCACCCUGGAUCCUCUGCAAGGCAACUACCUCCUGGUGGUUCUAGAUAGACCACAAAAGGUCACCCGGAUCGUAGUGCACACAGGCUCUGAAAGCAAAAGGAUGUUCCGGCUGGAGCAAGGGCAAGUGCUCUUGGGCUACAACCGCCUGGAGAAUUUCAAAGGCUGUGCUCACUACACCAUUCUGGGGCCCCUGGUGGCAGGGAAUUUCGACCAGAGGGUAUUUUAUGAAGAUUCUACAGAGGAAAUAAGUUGUAUCAAGUUGCUAGUGCUGGCAUCUCAAGACUCUUGGCUCCAGAUCAGAGGGAUCAAAGUCUGGGCAGAGCCCGAGGGAGAGGACAGCGAGUGA